AUGUCGGUCUUCACAGACGCAGUUCAUUUCUUUUUCCCAAAAGCACCAAUUGGUCGAAACGCAACCACCGAUUAUCCAUUAUACACACGGGAUGAAACACCCGGGAAAUCACGUACGAGAACCAAGCUAGAAGAAGGUUAUGGUAGAGUCAAAGUUACUUUCAAAGCUGUUUUAGCUAGUUAUGCUCCUGAUUGGAUAUUAGCUCUCGUGCUUUGGGGAGUAUUGGCUAUUUUAAAUAGAUCAGGUGGACAUAAGAGAGAAUUCUCAUUGAAUGAUUUGAGCAUCCAACAUUCUUUCGCCGUGAAUGAGAGGGUUCCACCAAAACUUCUCGCGUUCAUCUCAGUUGGUAUCCCCCUUAUCGUCCUCAUCCCCAUUAGCGCCUUGAUUUCACGAAAUGGCUGGGACAUCCAUAAUUCUGUACUAGGCCUAGUCAUGUCGUAUACUAUGACAGGAGUAGUAACUCAAGUAAUAAAAAUGUCAGUUGGUAGACCAAGACCAGAUUUGAUAGCUCGUUGUCUUCCUGCUGCAGGAGCAGCUGAUCAUCCUGUGUUUGGAUUGAGCACAAUUGAUAUUUGCACAAAUACCAAUUUGUUGAUCCUCAAUGAUGGAUUCAAGAGUUUCCCAAGUGGACACAGUUCUCUGUCAUUCGCAGGUUUGGGUUACUUGAGUCUUUACUUGGCUGGUAAGAUGCAUUUGUCGGAUGUAAGAGGACAUCGAACUAGAGCAUGGUUUGCUCUUUCUCCUUUACUGGGAGGAACGAUGGUCGCUAUCAGUCGAACGGAAGAUAACAGACAUCACUGGCAAGAUGUGUUGGUUGGUUCCUUACUUGGUCUCUCAAUAGCUUGGGUAUCUUACAGGACAUAUUACCCUCGAAUGUCUCAUAAGCAAUGUCAUCUCCCACUAGCACCAAGAUGUGAUCCUGACCCGUCGGAAACUACAGAUGAUCUCGAUGAUGUAGAAGAAGGAAGAAGGAGGGAUGGUGUGAGGCUAUUAGAUGAGGAGGACACUCGAGGUAGUGAAGAUGAAGUCGCUUGGAGAAGGGGAUAG